AUGCCCCCUCCUUAUCGAAAGCCCAGCCACAGACCAGUCAAGAAGAGGAAGAGAGGACCUGAUGAGCCUCCGGACAGUAGCCAAUCCCACUUGUCUAGGAGGGGGCAAAUCCAAAAGUGCUCAAACUGUGGGGAAUCUGGACACAAGAGGAGAAGAUGCAAGAAGCCAUCCCUGGAUGCCCAACAACCAAGGCAAGCUCCUAGCAAAAGGACCAGAGCAAGAAGGAAGCCUUCAUCUAUCAGACCUACAUCCAGAUCUAAGGCUUCAUCCCAGCCCAACAUGCCAUCUGCAAAUGGAGGUUUGAGGAGGUCCACUAGGUCUAGAGCAACAUCUCAGCCCCAACCAGCCACCACUUCUUCUCAGCCCAACUCAACCCAUUCCAGGUCCAAGCCCACAUCAUCCUCUACUAGGCCCAACAGAAAGCCCACUAGAAGCCUUACACAAGAACCACUAGCACCAAAGGAGAAGGGUGCAGCCAGCUCCAGCCAACCAGCCGGACUUGUCUCCUUUAGUCACAGAAUUUCACUGCAUGUAUCUCCUAGAAAGCUGAAGCUCAUGGCUAAACUUCCACCAAGACUUUGGAAAAAACUUUAA